AUGAUAAGUAAUCGUUUCCCCUCAUUAAAAGUUAUAAAAGUCGCAGAACCACGUAGAAUAUCAACAAUAUCUAAUAAAGCAUUCGUAAAAUCAAACCGGCAUGAAAUAUCGAAUAGAAAAAAAUUUCGACAAAUAAAUCCUCCUCCUUCUAUACUUAGAGAAAUAGAAGCAUUAGGAUUAGGAAAACCACGUAGAACAAAAACAAGUCGAUUCGCUACUAAAGUUGCUAUUGUUGGACGAAAAAAAUUAGAAAAUAAAUUAGGAAAUUUAAAAGUUGAACAAGAAAAAUUGGAGUUACCACAUUUGUCUUUCUUUGCUGGAGCAAAAAUUCCUUCGUCGUUUCCUCCAGAAAGAGUUUCUGAAGUAGCAUUCGUUGGUCGAUCUAAUGUGGGAAAGUCAUCUUUGAUAAAUGCAUUGGCAGAUACCACAGUCGUAAGAACUUCGGAUAAACCAGGUCUUACACGACAAAUUAAUUUUUAUGCCGCAGGUAAAAUAUUUAAUAUGGUAGAUAUGCCUGGAUAUGGGUUUGCUUACGUAAAAGAAGAAGAAAAAACUCAAUGGAGAGAAUUGUUAAGUAGAAUAUUUAUUUUUACCUAUAAAGAAAAAAAUAUUAAAAAUUUUUUUUUCUUAUUUAGGAAAGGAGUUGAAAUUCAAAUUGUAUUAACAAAAUGUGAUAUGGUUAUACCCCCAGAUUUAGCGAGACGUUAUGUGGUAGUUAAAGAAAAAUUACAACAUUACAAAAAUGUAGCUGAUGAUCCGUUAAUGGUAUCAGCAAGAAAAAAAACCGGAAUUCUUAAAUUAAGAAAAGAAGUUUUACGUACGGUUGACGCAUUAGAGAAGGCGCGUCAAGCUAUACAGAAAAAAUCGGUUUUAAUUGAAAAUGAUAUAAUUAAAGGACGUUUGAACGAAAACUGUGUCACAAAGAAAAGAUGA